AUGUUAUUUACGGAAGCAUUUAUUUAUUUUCAAAUCUUACAAGAAGGCAAGGCUAUGAAAUUAUACGAGGAUCAAGAGAAUUUAAAUAAAUACUUCAUCCAAAAAGCGACUGAGGUACUGAAAACUAAAAGAGUGGAUAAGGAUUCAGAGAACGAAAAGGGAAUUUUAGAGAAGUUACUUGAAAUAAACGAACAUUAUGCUUACCUGAUGGCCAGUGAUUUAUUAUUUGCCGGCGUGGAUACAGCCGCAAAUACGGUAAUACCAACUUUUUACUUAUAAGCAAAAAACCCGGAAAAGCAAAAUAAAUUGAGAGAAGAGAUAUUGUCAUGUUCGGAAAAGAGACCAUACUUGAAGGCUUGUAUAAAAGAAGCGAUGAGGAUUAUGCCAGUGGUGUCUGGAAAUUUGAGACAAAUGUCGAAGGAAUACAACCUUCUUGGGUAUCAUAUACCAAAGCACUCGAUUUUGACCUUCGCCAAUCAACACGUUUCGAUGAUGGAUUGCCACUAUCCAAGACCAAACGAGUACAUUCCUGAACGGUGGAUGGCAGAUAAGGAUGAUCCAUUGUACCACGGGAACGCACAUCCGUUUGCGUUCAUGCCUUUCGGAUUUGGAACUCGAAGCUGUAUCGGUCGUCGCAUAGCCGAGUUGGAGAUGGAAACAUUCGUCGCUCGAGUUGUUGAAAACUUCCAAAUUGAUUGGUUUGGUGAAGAACCUUUGAAGCAGUAUCAGAGCGCAUUGAAUUAUGCCAAAGGGCCAUUUAAUUUCACUUUUAAAGAUAUCUAA